GCUGCAAACAGAGGCACGUUGUGGAGCCGGGCGGCGGCGGGCGCAGCUUGGGAGGCUGCCAUCCUCGAGCAAAAUUGCCUUGCAAAGAGAGAAGGCAGGCUGUUCCUUGAGCACCCCCUCACCGGCUGUUUAAAUGCCACCACCAGCAAGCUGUGCUCCCUGCCACUGCUGCCCCCUCUCCUGGGAAUCACGCUGACUCUCAGCUCAGCAAGUGAUGGCAACUGGGACACUUCUUCCUCCUCUUCCUCCUCCCUGCUCAAGUUCAGCCCUAGGCGUCUGCUCUCUCCGCUGCACAAGUUCUGCAGUGACCCUACAAGGAACCUCUCUGUGUAUUUCAUGACGAUGUUCCUUCAUGUCACAUGCUGUCUGUGAGUGUUAGCAUCGCAGCUCUCCACAGUGCCACCAGAGACCAUACCAGCUGGACACAGCAAUGGGGGACUCUCCAACAAAUGCCAUGGAUGGAGGCAUAGACAUGUGCUGCAAAGACACACAGACUGAACUGGCAGAGCGGGUAGCAGCCAUAGACGUGGCUGUUGGCCCAGACAGAAGUGACCAAAACGGUGAAGGCAACACUGAAGAAAAUGACACAGUCUUUUCUGAUAACAUAAAAGACAUCCAAAGAAAUGGAGUCAACAGUGGCAUGAGAAUGAAUGAACUCCUGCCUUCCCAACGGCCAGAAGAUGCUCACUGCAGGCACGUUCCCAAGAGACCUCUCACUAGACCUGUCCUAUCAAGUAGGAAGUUGUCUCUUCAGGAAAGAUCAUCAGGAGGUUAUUUGGCUUCUAGCAACACUCCAGGUUAUGGCCCUUAUGCCACAGGGCCAUCACCACGUAUAAUGAGGAGACCAACAAUAGAGUCUAACCGGGUCUCCAUAUCGGAUUCUGAGGACUGUGUGCAGUUAAACCAGUACAAGCUGCAGAGUGAAAUAGGCAAGGGUUCCUACGGUGUUGUGAAACUGGCCUACAACGAGAACGAUGACAAGUAUUAUGCUAUGAAAGUCCUCUCCAAAAAGAAGCUCUUGAAGCAGUAUGGGUUUCCACGUCGGCCUCCUCCCAGAGGGUCGAAAACAUCCUCCGGAGAGCAGCCAAAACCCAUGGCACCACUGGACAGAGUCUAUCAGGAAAUAGCCAUCUUAAAGAAACUGGACCAUGUCAACAUCGUCAAGCUGAUAGAGGUCCUUGAUGAUCCUGCAGAGGACAACUUGUACAUGGUGUUUGACCUCCUGAGAAAAGGGCCUGUCAUGGAGGUACCAAGUGACCAUCCCUUCAGCGAGGAGCAGGCUCGGCUCUACUUCCGAGACAUCGUCUUGGGCAUCGAGUACUUGCACUACCAGAAGAUCAUUCACCGGGACAUCAAGCCUUCCAACUUGCUCUUAGGAGAUGAUGGACACGUCAAAAUCGCUGAUUUUGGAGUCAGCAAUCAAUUUGAAGGGAACGAUGCCCAGCUUUCCAGCACGGCGGGGACGCCAGCAUUCAUGGCACCAGAGGCCAUUUCAGACACUGGCAAAAGUUUCAGUGGAAAGGCACUUGAUGUGUGGGCCAUGGGAAUUACCCUGUACUGCUUUGUUUACGGGAAGUGCCCUUUUAUAGAUGAAUAUAUUCUGGGUCUUCAUAACAGGAUCAAGAACAAGCCUGUAGAGUUCCCAGAAGAAGCACAGAUAAGCGAAGAGCUCAAGGAACUGAUCCUACGCAUGCUCGAUAAAAAUCCAGAAACAAGGAUAACAGUCCCUGAAAUUAAGGUGCAUCCGUGGCUAACGAAGGGUGGCGAGGAGUCCCUGCCGCUGGAGGAAGAGCACUGUACUGUGGUGGAGGUGACAGAGGAGGAGGUGAAGAACUCAGUGAAGACGAUUCCAAGUUUGCCAGCUGUGAUCCUAGUGAAGGCCAUGCUAAGAAAACGCUCCUUUGGAAAUCCGUUCGAGGCUCAGACGAGGAGGGAGGAGAGGUCCAUGUCUGCUCCGGGGAACUUGCUGAUAAAACAAGGGAGCAGAGAAGGAGGCAGGGACCCGGAGCUGCCUGACGUGUGUGAAGACGAAGCUACGUCCUGAAGCUGCCUGGCUGUCGCAGGCUGGUCGCUCACGUGCCGCUGCUGUUGUACCCAUCGUGGUGUUGUCUAGCACACAUCUGCCCUCAUCGCCAAGUCUGGGGCCCGCAAAGUGAAGAAAAAAAAAAAAAAAAAACAACCCCCAAACACCAGAACCCCAAAACAGACCAACCCAGAAAAUGAGAAAGGAGGAACAGAGCAGCAAUAAGAGAAGAGCGAGUCCGGGGGCUGGCUCGGCCUCGUGGGCGGCUGCGUUCCUCGUGCGAGGUGUCCGUGCGCUCCUCCGUGUGUGCCUUGCUCUCCACUUGUGCUUCACGUGUGGGCUUUGUAGUUGGGUGUCUUGGCCGAUGAAUGUGGUUUUAUUUGUAACGCAGCAAACCGAACGUUGUCUCAUGGGUCGUUCGCCCCGGAGACCUUUUCCUUGCUUUUUUGCAUUCUCUAUUUCAAGCAUCGGGGGCCGGGGGGGGCAGAAUUUACAUCAGAGCCAGGUCUUUUGUCAGAGGGGACCUGUUUUAUUUAAUGCACAGGAAAAGCACUUCUGUCUACCAGGACACAUCCUGCUCCCAUUGGAGUUGGCAUCAAAAUUUCUAUGGAAAUCGGUUAAAUGAGGGUGAGACCUUCCUUUUGGAGUGAGCGCUGUCACUCUCUAUGCCUGCCUUUCUUUUUCCCUUCUCUUCUUAUCCCCCAGUUUUGCACAGCGUAAAUCCUGCCAGCGUCGAUGGCUUUAGUCAGGGCAGCGUUGUAAAAUAGAACUACGCGAUAUUCUCUGUGAGGUGCGAUGAGCCUUUGAACGUCGUGGAGAUCUGGAGCGCUGGGAUCUGGUGUUACAUGGAAAGGCUUUAGUGCACCAAGUCUGCUCUUCCCGAAGAGCUGGGACUGCAGCCCGUCCCGUGCGCACGGACCUGCCUCUCAAAGGUGAAAAGAAGUGGCAGGUUUGGGGUUUAUUUUAUUUAAGCGUCAUUUCCUUUCCCACUCAUUUCUUAGUUCCUUUAAAACUAUGUACCUGAUGCUUUUAAACUUUAAUUUCCUGAUAAAUGACCCAAACUGGGAGAACUCCUCAAGAUGGAAGUUGUUGGUGGAGUGUUUCUAGACUGAGGAAAGCUACAGAACACAAAUGAGAUCAAAACUUGAUCUGUUGGGUUUUUUUAAGGCUUUCAUUUUUCAUUUUACUUUAAGACUGUAAUUCUUAUGCAUGUGCUGAUGCUGCUAUUUUAUCCAUAGAUUGCUUCUAAACUCAGUAUUAGAAGCUUCAUCUCUGCCGUUUGACAACAGGUGAGGGAUUGCACUUAAAAGGGCAAAUGCAGCUAUUUCAGUAGCUGUUGACUAUAUGGACUGUGUUUAAUCAGGAAUUUUACUCUUGCAUUCAGAGAGUAAAGACCAGUGAUAUCAAUCUGUCAAAAUACGUGUCAAUAUUUUCUCUUGAGCUUUAUGGGGUCUGAACACCCCCCUGGGAAGCCAAUGGGAUUGGAUUCUUAUUUUAUAGUCCUUAAAUAAAGGACACGAUUAAAUUUGGUUCCUACAUAAUCAUCUUACUGUCUUUUUUUAGGUUAAUCUUGAGGGCUUGGGACUUUGUUCCCUAAUUUGUAGUGCGAGGGGAUAUGUGUAUGAGGAUUGUUGGUAGUUACUGGUGUUCCUGUUCUGUUUGCUGCACUCUGGUUUGGUGCUUCCCAACGUUUUCCUUGACUGGGCUUUGCUGCCCGUGCCUUCUGCUCCCCAUCUCCAGUCUGCCGCUUCCCAUGUUGGUCUUCAGCCACCUUGGUGUGACGCCCAGAAGCAGUCGCCAGCUUGGGCUCUGCCCCGUAUCUCGCCUGUAAAUAUUGGCAAAAUGGGAAGUAGUAUUGCAGCUGAUGUAUUUUUUAAUUUUUAAAGCGGGCAAAGGGAUUGUACCCUGUAAAGGUUCCUGCUCUGGGCCUGCGCUCUGCAUCGCUCGCAUCCAGGUGGUGAAUGCUGCCCGCAUCCGCGCGUCUGCCUGCACCAGCUGUGUGCUCAGCACCCUCCGAGGGCCUGUGCUGCAGCUUCGGCCGCCCACCACCAUACAUCCCGUGGGCCGAUGUGCUCCAGCAUGUGCUCGGACCCUGCUGCCUUGUAAUGAAGACUGAGGCACCCGGUGAAAGGGAGUGAAAUGGAGUUGGGGACUUGGCGAGGCUGAGGGCGCGGAGGGGGCUCUGCGAACACGGGAGGAGGGACCGGCCAGGAGCAACUUCUGCCUGUGGAGGGGACAGUCUCUGGAUGCAAACAGGUCUGGGCUGGGGACAAAGCGCUGGGGUGCCACCGGGUCCUGCGGCGCACCGGGGGCCAAGCUGAGCAGCCCCAGGGAAACGGAGCAAACUAACUGCCCGCUGGCUUGUGGAAAAAUGGGCUCUGGUGUCCCUGGGGCUGGCCGUAGUGGAGCUCUGCUGCGGCAGGGCCGGGCUGCUGGCAGCGGGCAGGACGGCUCUGGUGCCAGGUGAGCCCCUGGCCUGCACAGAGGGAUGGUCUCGGGACAAGGACGCAUCUCGGAAAGCCACCUUACCCAUGGGGAGCAAAAGGAGUACUGGUAAUCCCUAUCCCCAUGGCGCUUCUGAGCUCUAAGCAAUACUUGGGUGGUGCUCAAAGAGCUUUAAGGCUUCAGACGUGGGGUUAUUUAUUGUAUUUUUCACAUGUGGUAAGAGUAAUUCAGGGAUGGAGAGAUGCUUUGCUAAUCCAGGCGGUUGUUUGGGUUAUUCUGGUAAUGCCCAAGGGCUUGGGAGCUAGCGGGGCAAGGCUGCAGGGAAGCUGCUCUCAGCCUCAAUUAAUGCGACCAAACAAAUGAUCAUUUACGAAUUAGCUCUAUGUCAUGUUCCUUUAGUGAUAGCUGGAGUGUCGCUUCAGUUUUGGAAGGGAAUGGGAGAAAUGGGUGUGUGUUAUAAUUAUCCCAAAAUCUACUUUGAAAAAAUCGCCCUUUCUGCUGAAAGAAAACCUUCUGGAGAUGUUCCCAUAGGUCCAGGGAGCAACCAGCGUUGCACAGCUGAGCUUUGGGGGUACCCUGUUUCCCCAGCAAAUCUGCCAGCCUUGUGGGUCUCUCCUUUACACCUCCAGAAACCAUCUGUGUUGCGUUGCAGACAGCAGCCUGAAAACGUGCAUGAAAUGAAAUGAAAAAGGUGCACUCACAGCAAGAGGAACACUCAGAUUUAUGCGAAGGCUUGGUAGGACUCCUGCAAAAAUAUGCUCUACUUCUCAUGUAGCUGAAACGAAAUCCUUGCUUGUCUUUAUGUGCACGUUAGGGCAGCUCGGAGCAACGCUGGUUCUGCUCUGAAGAAAGGAGGAGAUGAAGGAGAUAGUAUUUAUUUCAAAAUGAACAUCUUUGGCAAGGCAGCCCUUUUAUCCCUUCAAGAAAGUCUCUCUCUUUAGCUGGAUGGGUAAACACUUGUCUCGCUUCUCUCCCUGAACGCGGGGAUGGGGUUUGGCACGGCAGGGCUCCUCCGAGCAGCGAGAAGAGCUGGCGUCGCUGUGCUCCGAUGCUUUUCUAUUGCUUUGUAUUCUUCCUCUCCGAAUCCUCGCUUGUCUGUGCUAUUCCUGGGGCACCAGCAUCCUCUGAAGAGAGAUACUGGGAUGCUCUGAACUGCGCUCGCAGGGCUCUGCAUCCCGGGAGGGCUCCUCUUUCCCCACCGCCUGAUCCGUGGUGGGCUCUGGUCAGCUUUGCUUGGCUUUUCCAGCUUGGGAACGGGCUCAGAUUGAGAGACCUUGAAGGAAACUUCUCUUCUGGGGAAAUCACACAUCUUUUUGAUCUCCAGGAGGUAAAUUUCGCUCUGUCUUGCUCAAUUAAUACCUAAGUGAUGCUAAGUAGAAAUCCUGGUUCAGUCUCUCCUGACUGGCACAAAGGAAUACUGCAGGGAAUGUGUUUAACCCUUUGGGCGGGAAGGCGUCACUAGGAAUGGCACACUUGCAAAUAAAUAAUGAGGUUUUCAACCUUUAAUGAUGGAUCAAAGCCCGCGAAUGGAUGCGUGGAGAGCCACCCCCGGCACUUACAAAGCCCUUCCCCAGCUGUGCCGGUGCAGGGGCUCUGCGUCGGGUGGUGGUUCCCAGCGAGGUCUGGGUGAGGAACGGGAGCGUGGGCAGCCGUGGUGUGGCCAUCACCGGGAGCCCCCGCCCCCAAGAGAAGCUAAAUCUCCUGCAGCACUAAGGGUGACUGGGCUGGGAUUAUUUUUUUUGUUAUUGUUUUUUCAGUGCCUUGAGAGACAAGAAACAAGCUGCACAGCAACAGACUGGGCUUUCGGAAAGAUCAAGUGCCACAAAUGUCUUUGACAUGUUUUCUUUAUCAUCAUUUUGAGGGUGGAUAAGUCAGGUCUGUCGCGAUGGCAGCAGUUAUGUAUCUUGUUCGUGUCCUGUCUGGGGACAACACCUCCUGUCUGGAUGGCGCUUCCCUUUUUGCAUCUUGCAGGUUAGAGAAAUCUUUGCGUUUCGGAGCAGAAAGUGUCCCUGGCGAUUUGUGCCGAGGGAGCGGCGCGGUUGGGUUGUGGGUUUGCAGGGCCAGGGGCUGGAGCCCGCUUUGGGCCCCAGCUCAGGCUGCUGCCCUGCCCCACUGCAGAGAGAGGCCGUGGGGCUGGGAUGGAAAAUGGGGCAGUUCUAGGUGUCUUCUCCUUGCGCAUCCCCUGCCAUACGCCAUGGGGGACACCCGAUGAGUACGGGGUCUCUGGCCAGCCCAGCACGCUCCUGCCGCCGUGCCCGGUUCUGUGCGUGCCUGUCCCCUUCGGCAGGGCUUCACCUCCCCUGCUCCGUGCCGGAAUCGGGCUCCCAAAGCCAGGAAAAUGGUGCAAAACCUGCUGAGGCUAAAUACGCCCCCAGCUCCUCGCAGCGUGGCGUUGCUAACCCCAGCUGCCUUGUUUGGGGGUGCUAGGGAGCGUGGGUUGACAAAUGCUGCCCUGGAAAAUAUUCCCGGGGAAUAAAAGGGGGAAGGUGGAAGCAGCCGGUGGCCAGGCAGCGUCGGGGUUGGUCCUGGGGAACCCGAUUCCGUGUACGGACGCAGCCGAAGGGAGCCUGGCCGGGGGACGGCAUAGCUGCUCCUCGCAAAACGACUUGCAGCCCAGUGAAACAACUCCCAGGAUGGGCUUUAAUUCCCUUAUUUAUUGCCAGACUCGCAGGGGGAGGCUGGUGGGAGGAAUUUCAUGUUCCUCCAGCACAGCUCCUUCUCCUGAAGCCGUCAGCAGCGCUGAAGGGGGUUUCUUCUCUGUUUCCGCGGUGUGUGGCUGGGAGAGCUUGUUUGCUCUCUCCUCUUGGUGCUUUUCCUCUUGCAUCUUGCCCAAGAAAACCAGGAGCUUCAUCCCACCAGCCACAGGCCCCGGCUCUCUCUAAGGCUCCCGGCUGCCCUCGCUCGUGCUGAGCCCCUCAUCCCCCCCGGCUGCAGCGAGCGACGUCCCGUAGCUGCUGCUUUGGGCUUUCGUACCCCCAACAGCAGGGUCGGGGGUGUGAGCGGCUGUUGUGGGAUCACAAGUUAUCCUUUGACGGCGCAGCUCACGCGAGAGGCUCACAGCAAAGGCAGCGAGGGUUGGUAUCUCUGGGCAGCCUGGCUGUGCCUGGCAAAAAGCUCAUUUACGGUCUUGGAUGCCUUCAUGGGUGACAUCCAGGCGCGGAGCCCACGCCUUCAGUGCUCAGCUGGCCGCUCAGGUGGUUGUUCUGCUACAAUAAAAGAUGGUCCUUCUUCAGGACGGGUGAUCUCGCCCGUGUCGGACGGGGAUGGCAGGAAAGGCUCCUUUUGCCCGCAGGGAUCUCGAUAAACGUGAAAACUUUUCCAGAGGAAGGAGGAGUGUGCUGAGUGCUGGGGGUCCUGCUGCGAGCGUGAGAAAGCCGGCUGUCCGGCAGGAAUACUGCCGAUCGGCAGGCAGAUGGUGAGGUUUUGUGUAUCUCUAACUUCAUUUGGGUACCAAACUUCUCCGCUUUACCGGGGCACAGUGACAGUGGUGUUUGCUGAGCAAAGCAGCGAAGGGGGUUUCUUUUCCGGCCCUCCCAACCUGGAUUAUCCUGGAUUAUCCCGCGACCCUGUCGCUCUGAAUGCAGCCUCCCGUGGGACCAGGGAAGGAAAGGAGCUCAAAGCUGGUCACUGCCGGGCACCUUCCCUUCCCUGGAGGGAAGCCAUGGCCGCGCGCAGUCGCUGCCAGCGGAUGGCCAGGCCCUCGGUCAGUAACCACAAGCCAUCAGUCAAAGUGUUCCCAAAAAAAAAAAAAAAAAAAAAAAAAUAGUGUAAAUUCAAGACAAAAAUAAAUCGCAACUUUGGGGGAUAUAAUUUGGAUCCUCUGUGCCGUAAUUCUGCUGCUGUUUCUGGUUUAUAGGCCUGUUCUGUUGUUAUUGAAGUCUCAUGUUACACUUGAUGUUAAAUAUGUGCUCUGCUAUAACUCAAGCAUGAUGUAUAUGCACUCAGUUCUGUAACGGCACGUGGCCGUUACACUGUAAAUAUGUACCAUGAAUAGAGAUGCUAUUUUUUUGCAUGCUUUUGUACUCUAGAACUGAAGAGAAAAUGACAAUAAAGUCCACAG